UUCCAUUUCAUAAUGUAGCUAGAAGAUAAAAUAUAAAUAUACAAUUUUAUAUAUAUAUAAUUUUAUAUAAAUAGGUAUCAAUAAUAUAUCAUAUUGUGUCACAGGUUCAAAAAUUGCUGACUUGUUAGUCCGGAAUUAUUUAUGACUGGGUUCCCCAUGUAUCAAUAUUUUCGGAAUUUUCAAAAGUCGGAAAAUUUAUUUUUAUUAUUUUAGAGCAAAAAAAAUAUUUACGUUAAUAAAAGAAUUAGUAAAAAAGUAAAAUUUAUAUAUAUUAUAUGAUAAUAAAGAAAUUUUUUUAAUUAAAAACAAUUUAGAAUACCCUUCCGAAUUCCGUAAAACAUACUCCAUGGGGAACGAGGGCAUCAAAAACUUGGAACAAUAAGCUGAUUCUGAUUGGCUAACCCUCUCUCCAUUACUUUUCCGAGAUUUCGUUUUCCGGAUUCCGGCUGCCAUGGGACAGCACCCUGACUCGAUUUGAACCCUCGGUGGAAACUAAGGGGCUUGGUUUGUACCUUACCUCAACCCGACUCUGACCCUACUUAAACUCUCGGUGGAACAAGACUCAGAAUCGCGCUAGUCUGUUGGAGCCAUAAGCUGAUUCAAACCGAGCAGGUUCAGCCAUAUUGCUUUUUAUUUCCUGAAAACUGUAGCGUAGUGCCACUAGUGUCAAAGGCGCUCAGAGGCGCUACAAACACUGGCAAUGCGACUUGCAAGAACAAUGGCAAACAAGGAGUUUACCAGCUGGUUCGAUUUGGUCAUAGUGUUUGGUUCGGUACAAUACAGCACAUACAGUAGUUCAAUUCAGUUUGGAGUGAGUUCGCGGUCGGGUGUUCUCGGUAUUCUACGGUCGCUGAGAGUACCGAGUCACUGCCAGCUGCGAGUCGUUUGCCGUGCGUGUUGAGUGGAUCGCUCGCACGUAACAUACGCACACACACUUCGAUUCUACCUCAUGGAGAUGUGCGCACGUAAGUGUGCGUCGCAUGUGUGAUGAACGCGAUCAUCUAAAGAUUGCCUCUUCAUUUUUAACUUUUAUUUGCUAGCAUAAUUUUUCAAAAUACAAGCAACGGAAGAUAAUGGAAGUAUCAUGAUGUAACUCCGAUACUGUUGUGACAAUCGCGAUUGUGUUUAAACCAUCUCUUAGCACGAUUUACGUUUAUUACUAAUUGGUAAAGAUGAUUGUAAAGAACAAAUCAUGUCGAUUGGUAAUAGAAAUGGCAUUGAGGGGAACGCAAUAAAUUGGAGAGUGGCAAUGCGGAGCUUUUACUAAUAUUAUUUAACUUAAAGUGAACACAAGUUCUAUCUUGUAUCAAGAUGGCAAUGGAAAGUAUUAUCUGUGGUGUAAACACUCCAAAAGUGAAGAAAAAGAAAGUUAAGACAACUGAGCGCAGCUGGAUAGAGGCAACAUUUCAAAAGAGAGAAUGUGCAAAGUUUAUUCCAAGCAUUGAGGAUGAACAUAGGUUUAUACAAGUACAGGGAGAUAAGAAUGCAGAAUAUGAUGUGAUUACUACUUCCAGAUGCUGCUGUGGCUACUCAUACACCCAUCAUUGCGGAACUGGGGCGGAUGUUCAAAGUUACAUUCUUAGUGAGAACAGAGAAAAAGAUCGUGAACAAUGGUCUCCGGGAAAAAACACCCAUCCCUUUCCAACUGAUGCAUAUGGUACCAUAGAAUUUCAGGGUGGCCCACAUCCUACAAAAGCACAAUAUGUAAGAUUGGCUCAUGAUACACGACCAGAGCCAAUUGUUCAACUGUUAUGUCGGGAAUGGAAUUUAGGAUUGCCCAAAUUGUUAAUUACAGUCCAUGGUGGUCGAUCAAAUUUCGAGUUGCAACCGAGCCUGAAGAAAAUUUUGCGUAAAGGUUUAUUGAAAGCUGCUAAAACAACGGGUGCAUGGAUAUUUACAGGAGGAACAAACACAGGUGUUACACGACAAGUCGGCGAUGCAUUAUUGUUAGAACGUUCUCAACGACAAGGUCGUGUGGUAAGCAUAGGUAUUGCUCCUUGGGGAAUUUUGGAUAAAAGCCAUGAAUUAGUCGGUCGUGGUGGAGAAGUAUCGUACGAUUGUGUCUCCUCACCAUGGACUAAAUAUACAGUAUUAAACAAUCGGCAUGCUUAUUUUUUAUUAGUAGACAAUGGUACUGGCGGUCGAUAUGGUGCGGAGAUUGUUCUCCGUAGAAGAUUAGAAAAAUAUAUCUCGAAUUUAAAAUUGCAACCAUAUACACACAGUAGCAUACCGGUAGUUGCAUUAGUUAUCGAAGGUGGAACGAAUACGAUUCGCGCAGUGUUGGAAUACGUGACGGAUGAUCCACCUGUACCCGUAGUAGUUUGUGAUGGCUCGGGACGCGCAGCUGAUCUGAUCGCUUUUAUGCACAAAUGGAGAGACGGACAGACUGGUGAUGGUGAAGGACCACUGGAGGGUGUUAAGGAACAAGUUUUAGAAACUAUUAAACGCACUUUUCAAGUUUCCGCCGAGCAAGCGAGUCAACUUUGUUCAGAACUCUUGCAGUGUACACGAAAAAAACAUUUGAUUACUGUGUUUAGAAUAUCACAGGACAGGCCACAAGAGCUUGAUCAAACAAUAUUGACGGCUCUGUUUAAAUCGAAACAGUUAUCUCCAGCUGAGCAGUUAUCUCUUUCUUUAAUAUGGAAUCGUGUGGAUAUCGCCCGAAGUGAGAUUUUCAUCUAUGGUCAAAAGUGGCCGCCCGGCGCUUUAGAACAGGCUAUGAUGCAAGCGCUUCAGCAUGACAGAAUAGACUUUGUAAAACUUCUAUUGGAAAAUGGAGUAUCCAUGCGGAAAUUUUUAUCAAUACCACGUCUUGAGGAACUAUAUAAUACGAAGGAAGGUCCGUCGAACACACUGGGGUACAUCUUGCGCGACGUGCGGCCGAAUAUUCCACGGGGUUACAUGUAUACAUUGCACGACAUCGGUCUCGUGAUUAACAAGCUGAUGGGUGGAGCAUAUCGUGCGCAGUAUACGCGGCGAAGGUUUCGCAUGAUCUAUACGAAGGUGAUGAAGAGAUCUGGUGGCGGUCAUCAACAACACAUGCAUCGAAAUAGUUGCGCUCCGAACUACAACACGCGUUAUUACAUGGGCAGCUCCAGUGGGAAGUCCGACAGUUUGACCAUGAGUCUGCUUGCUGAGACAUUACCAGCUAAUCGUGAUACUCCACUCUUCGAUUAUCCUUUUAAUGAGCUUCUCAUUUGGGCUGUAUUAACGAAGCGUCAACAAAUGGCUUUAUUAAUGUGGCAACACGGAGAGGAAGCAUUAGCCAAAGCGCUCGUCGCCCUAAAACUAUACAAGGCAAUGGCGCACGAAGCAGCUGAGGACGAUCUGGAAACUGAAGUAUACGACGAAUUGCGUGGCUACGGCAAAGAAUUUGAAAACAUCGCACUUGAAUUGCUGGAUUACUGUUAUCGACAAGACGAUGAUCAAACACAGCAGCUGUUAACUUCGGAACUUCAAAAUUGGUCGGGACAGACGUGCCUAUCACUCGCAGUUACAGCGAAUCAUCGACAAUUACUGGCGCAUCCAUGUAGCCAAAUUAUUUUAGCCGAUUUAUGGAUGGGUGGCCUUCGUACACGUAAAAAUACUAAUUUGAAGGUGAUUAUGGGAUUAUUCUGCCCUCUGUAUAUAACGCGAUUAGAAUUUAAAAGCAGAGAAGAAUUGCAACUAAUGCCCCAGACGCAGGAAGAACAUUUGAUAGCUUUGGAAGAUGAAAAGGAAGAUAGUGAUUCUGAACAUAGUGUACCGGCAGGGCCAGAUGUCGAGAAACAUCUGCGCAGGAGCCUGAGCAUACGCAACAAAUCCAGCAGCCAACAAGGCGUUAAGGCUUUAAUUAGCAACGAACACAGCACAAUAAUUAAGGAGACAAUCGUCCAAGAGAAUGGAAAAGUAUUAACAGAUAUUGAUGACGGAAUAUAUCGCGCUUAUGGUUUCCGACCUGAAUAUUACGAUAAUAAAACAACCAGACCAUUAAGAUUGAGGAAAAAAUUAUAUGAAUUUUAUACUGCUCCAAUAACAAAAUUUUGGGCAAAUGCUAUAGCAUACAUUAUUUUUUUGCUUUUUUUUUCGUACUGCAUAUUGGUUCAUAUGGAUGAUCAUCCUUCAAUAGCCGAGAUAUACGCGAUUGCGUACAUUUGUACUCUCGGAUGUGAAAAAGUACGCGAAAUAGCGACUUCAGAACCUGCAACGCUCUCACACAAGUUCAGUGUUUGGGCGUGGAAUAUGUGGAAUCCUUGCGAUGCUGCUGCUAUUAUAUUUUUCCAAAUUGGAUUGGCGUUACGUUUGCGACACUCGACUUUGGAUGUGGGUCGCGUCAUAUAUUGUGUUGAUUGCAUCUACUGGUAUUUACGAAUACUCAAUAUCCUUGGCGUCAACAAAUAUUUCGGUCCUUUGGUGACCAUGAUGGGAAAGAUGGUUAAAAAUAUGAUAUACUUUGUGGUGCUUUUACUAGUUGUGCUCUUGAGUUUUGGCGUAGCUAGACAAGCUAUAUUGAAUCCAAAUUCUGUUCCAAAGUGGCGUAUAGUACGAGACAUAUUUAUGGAGCCGUACUUUAUGCUGUAUGGAGAAGUGUUCGCGGAUAAUAUAGAUCCUGAUUGUGGGGAUGAGCCAGGAAUGGCGCCAUGUAUUCCAGGUCGUUGGAUCACACCUGCUGCAAUGUCCGUGUAUCUUUUAGUUGCCAAUAUAUUGUUGAUAAAUCUGUUAAUUGCGGUGUUUAACAAUAUUUUCAAUGAAGUAAAUGCUAUAGCUCAUCAAGUCUGGAUGUUUCAACGGUUUACUGUCGUUAUGGAAUAUGAGCAGAAACCGGUAUUGCCGCCACCACUUAUAGCGGUUUGCCACGUAUAUUUACUGCUGAAAUAUUUUCUGAAGCAUAUUACGCAAGGUAAAAGCGGCACGGGCGAGACCUGUGACAAUGGGCUAAAAUUGUUUUUGGAAGCUGAUGAUAUGGAACGGUUGUACGACUUUGAAGAAGAUUGUGUUGAGGGUUACUUCCGUGAACAGGAACUUAAAUUGCAAAUGUCCACAGAAGAGCGCGUGAAAAUUACUACAGAUCGGGUGGAGAAUAUGCAUCAAAAGAUCGAGGAUAUCGAUAAGAAAGAAAGCAAUCAGAAUGCAUCUCUUCAGGCUGUUGAGUUUCGUAUUCGCAAGUUGGAGGAAUUGAGUCAACAAACUGUAGCGCAUCUUGGGGUAAUUCAUCGUUUCAUGGCAACAUACAUGCCAAACGAUGAGUUGGUUGGUUUAGAGACGUUCGACAACAUUCGACCGCGUCGGGUAUCAGAGCGAUCGGAAGCCAUGUCCGAGACGGAUUCUCAUACGCAGUUGCCAAUGAUUGCGCGACGCAAGAGGCUCUUGAGAUCUCUCACCGACGGCAUCUUCCUAAAUGUCGGUCACCCGAUGGAAGAUGUGCUCAAGAUGGCUGAGACCAUGGCCUCACGCGAGAAUCUCAGUAGACCCGAUUCUUCUGUAAGCGUGGACGCUAAUGUCGGUCAGGACAUCGACAUCAAGACGACCAUGAGCUUGGAAACAGAUGGUAGCAAGGACAUUCUCGAGACAGGCGAGACAGCCGGCAAGAAAGAGGCGUCGUUCGAAAGAGAAGUGAGCCGAGACACCAGCAGCAGAGAAGUGAGCAGAGAGAUAAGCAGGGAGAUCAGCAUGGACGUCACUAGCAGAGAGGUCAGCAGGGAGACCAGCAGGGAGGCUAGCAAAGAUGCCAGCAGUGAGAACCCUCCUUCAGAGGCUACCAGGCAGGACUCGGCGGAGCGUACCUUCAGACAAGACUCCACGGAACGUAGCACGUUUAGACAGAACAGCAAUAGAACUCGAUCGGAAUCGGACGAUUUCAUGCUGCUUCCGCCACCCGGUAUUCAGAGGGCCGUGACAUGGGCGGAGCCUCGCGUGACCGUGAUACCGUCAAUUACCUCGACCGGCAGCGCGCAGAGAUCGAUUCUGCUAGCGAUGCGCGCCGAGUACACUAGUAUCACAGACGAACUGGAGAGUUACUGCGGCUUACUGAGCCCACCGAGGACGCCACCGCUUUCACCGCCGCCGGCGCAAAUGUCGGACAUGUUGAAUCCUGAGAUGGCAUGGCAGAUCGAGAACGAGCACCUGCGCGAUGCAGAAGAAUGCGACUAUCAGCAGAUGGAGGAUCUAAUUCAGCGACGUUACCACGGCGACGACCAGGAUGGAGAUGACGGUGAACCGUCGAACGUGCGCGCAAACCAGGCAUCAAAUGUUGCGUGCUUUAACAUGUCCAACGAGCAUCGUCAGCUGCGCCGUGCCUCUGCGAUCGAGGAGGAUCCUCGUCGGCCGCCGCCAACAAUCAGCGUCACACGGGAGAUCGAGCAGACGCUUGCGCGACCGUCGAUUCGCAAUCAAGAGGAAGCCGAUCUGAAUGACAAGAAUUUAAGCAUCGUACCUGCCCCCGCUUCCGAAACUAUGUGUUAAACUAAACUACGUCGAAGUUGGAAAAGCUAUGCAUUUUUGCAGACUUUCUAAAGCCAGUUUGCAAUAAAAUAAUCCUUAUCGGAUUGAUUUAUUCAUGUUCGGUUAUAUCGCGUGAAUUGAUUGUUUUAUCAUCAAUAAUGCAUAGAAUUUUGAAUGUUUUAAUAAUUACGAAGAUAGUCGAUUGUCUCUAUAAUUCUAUCAGAGGUUACAAGAGAAGUUUGCCAACUCAACAAUUUAAAAAAUAAUGAAACUAUGGCAAUACAUAGAGGAUAUCUGUUAUAUAAACAAUUAUUUUUUUUGCUUGCCCAAUUAUUACAAGUCUAAAAUAAA